GAGUGCUAAAGCUGUAACUGCUCAAGCAAGACGUAGUAUAAAACGACGACCAACGUGGUUUUUCAUUUGUGUGUUCGAGAAGCCGGUUUUGUGAGUGAAAUAAUAAUUUAGCAGGCGUGAUGUUGGUGGCUAGCACAUUAACAUGGUGGAUAACUGUCUUUCUCAUGAUAUCCCUCCGCACUGAAUGUUAUCCUCGCAUGUCUCCUCGUACAUUCCAAGGAGGACGGUCUUCGGCGAACCAGCAACUGUUGAGCAGUCAGUUUCAGGCCGCGAUUCCUCAAAGUCUGCCUAAAAUAAACGACCCUGUGCCACAACAACGUCAGAAAACAGUGUCCGUGAUUUGCCACGAUGAAGCGAUCGAGCUCGUGAUAAACUCAAAUCUUUUAGCCGCGGGCUUUCCUGUCAACACGGAGGAGCUGUGGUUGGGUCCCCAAUGGUCUUCGUCAUGUGGAGCUGUGCAAACUGCAGAAUUAGUGUUAACCAUAAUUGCUAGUUUCAGUGAUUGUGGAACCAAGCUAUCUGUAACUGAUGACUCUCUGGUGUAUUCAAAUGUCCUCGUUUACUCUCCUCUACAAUCUCCUGAUGGAUUGCUUCGCCAGGAGGGUGCAGUUAUACCUGUUCAGUGCCAAUUCCAGAGGCGGUAUAGUGUCGACAGUGCGGCAGUGGCGCCUGCUUGGGUUCCAUUUGCUUCCACGAUUUCAUCCACCGAUUAUUUGGACUUUGCUCUCCGACUGAUGAGUGAUGACUGGCAGUAUGAGAGGGGCUCAAACGUCUAUUUUCUGGGGGAUGCGAUACACCUUCAAGCAUCAGUUACCUUGGCCAAUCACUUGCCCCUACUUCUAUUUAUUGACUGGUGUGUGGCUACACCAACGUUCAACUUUGAUGCCAAUGACAUCAAAUAUAACUUUGUAGAUUAUCGUGGAUGUCUUUCAGACAGCAAGAGUUCAUACUCCCGCUCCAAGUUCUUGCAGAGGAGUGAAGGCAAUAAGUUAAACCUACUGUUGGAAGCCUUCAGGUUCUACAAGUUGACGAGCAACUCGGUGUACAUCACCUGUUACCUAAAAGCCAUUCCUGCUGCAUAUUCUGUGAGCGCUCAAAACCGAGCAUGUUCUUUUAUUGAUGGAAGGUGGCAGUCUGCGGAUGGAAAUCAUGAGGUGUGUAACAGCUGUGAGCCAUCCAAACAAGGUGCGGCCGAGCCUGAACCGAUCAAGCCUUUCCGCAUCACACAAGCCCCUCCUGUCAUGCAGCCAAAGGUGGGACCCAAAUCUGGGCCUGCCGAUUUCAUUGAAGUAAUUCCCGGUCAGUCAUUGGAACCCUAUAGAGCUUUCAUACAGUCAAGGCAAUAUGGUAGUCCGUCAAAGAGAGAAACCGACACAAACAAAGACUGGAAGCUUGCUACCUUGGGUCCUCUGCUUCUGAUGCCAAAUCGAGGAAUCACCACCCAGUUCAGCCCAGCUGAGGUCUUCUCCGCAUCUGUCACCAAGGAGCCGGAGUUCUUAUUCAGCUCGACCCAAAUGAGUCCCGUGACCGAUGAGCUGGAGUUUAAAACCACUCCGGAGCCUAGGAGCUUCCGUCCAUUAGAGGACAACCUGUUCCUUGACGAUUCUGAUCUUUUUGGUUCAGAAGAGGGAAGCGGGUUUGAAUGACUUGAUGAGCAAGAAUGAAAAUGGAAACUGACUAUGUGACUUUCUAAAAAUAAAAGUUUUAUUACA